CCUUUUUUGAAGCUAUCGUCCGCAUGGCAUCAUUCGCAGAAGUUCUUUGAGAUAGAGGGUCUGCUGAUCGGACUAUAGUAUCAAGAUAUCUCGUCUUGGCUAACUAUAAAUUCGAGGUCAUGACCGCUCUGUGAAGCCCAUCACCCCGCACCUCAAAUCAUCCUUCUUCACUGACAAGAUGCGGUCCUCUCUUCUGCUCGCUCUUCUCCCUCUGGCUAUUGCCACGGCUGUUCCCAGCUCCAAGAAGGUUGACUACACCGGCUUCAAGAGCCUGCGUGUCACUCUUCCCAAAGGCGCCAAGAAUGCUGUCGCCGAGAUCAACAAGCUCUCUGCUACCAUCCUCAACCCUGGAGCCAAGGAGGAGCUCGAUAUUGUUGUUUCUCCUGACAACAUCGAUGCCGUCACCAAGAUUGCUUCCGACACCACUGUCCUCGUUGAGGAUGUCGGUGCUGCUCUUGCUGAGGAGGAGACCUCCGAGAUCUACGCUGUCCCCAGUGAAUCUUGGUUCACCGCCUAUCACAGCUACGCUGAUCACCUCCAGUUCCUGAAGGACCUGCAGUCAAGCUUCCCUAGCCAGUCCGAGAUUGUGACUCUUGGCAACUCUUUCCAGGGUCGUGCUCUUACUGGUAUUCACAUCUGGGGUAGCGGUGGCAAGGGUUCCAAGCCCGCCAUUGUCUUCCACGGCACUGUCCACGCUCGCGAGUGGAUUGCUACCAUGACUGCCGAGUACAUGGCCUACCAGCUCUUGACCAAGUACAGCAGCGACUCCGCUGUUAAGGCUAUUGUCGACAAGUUCGACUUCUACAUCACCCCUGUUGUCAACCCUGAUGGUUUCGUCUACACCCAGACCACCAACCGUCUCUGGCGCAAGAACCGACAGACCGUCUCUGGAAACUCGUGUGUUGGCCGCGACAUCAACCGUAACUGGCCUUACAAGUGGGAGCUCACUGGUGGUGCCUCCACUAACCCUUGUGACGAGACCUACAAGGGACAAGCAGCUGGUGACAGCCCUGAGCUCAAGGCUAUCAAGGGCCAGAUUGACUCCCUCGCUGCUGGCAAGGGCAUUACUUUCUACGUUGACUUCCACUCUUACGGACAGUACAUUCUCUGGCCUUAUGGCUACGACUGCAGCUUCGUCGCCCCUGAAGAGGCCGCUCUCAAAACCGUUGGCACCCGCAUCAGCAACGCCAUCCGCACCAGCUCUGGACAAUCUUACACCGCUGGUAACUCUUGCCGUGCUCUGUAUGCCACCACUGGUGACAGUCUCGACUACGUCCAGGGUGUUGCUAAGGCCAAGUACUCUUACACCAUUGAGCUCCGUGACCGCGGUACCUAUGGCUUCAGCUUGCCCGCCAACCAGAUCCAGCCUACCGUCCGCGAGACUUGGGCUGGCAUCGUUGCUGGUCUCACGGGUCUGUGAAUGGCCGACUAGGUUGACGUAGUGUCACAUAUUUAUCACGAUGGAUAAUCAUGAUCGGAAAGGACAGAUUGCUACCUGAAAAGGUUCAAGAAGAUUUAUUGGCUUUAUCUAAAGUACAUAUUACUCAAAAUACAUACAUGAUUCUCAACCUAUUGUCCCGUAAUUCUCUCUA